GUGCAGGCCGCGACGCCAUGCCGGAUUCCUGCGAUCCUCCGGCUGCUUUUCGUCGUUUCCUCCGUGUAUAUUCUUAGGCAUUUUAUUGUCGAUAUUCGUCGCAAACACCGGCGAUUUUCCCAUUGGACGCCGGCGUCGCGACGCCGAUAAGUGAUCUCGAGAUCGGCUGCCGGACGCGGAAUUACGACGCUCCGAAAUCCAGUCCGGGGUCGUCAUGGUGCUCUGUCAGUAAUCGUCUCUCGCGAGGUGGGAACCUUAAAUGAUCGUGAACAAGUGGGAGGAAAGUUGGCAAGAAGGAUUGUUCGAGUGAUAGUGAUUGUAAAAAUACUGUAUAAAUAACAGUCUUGGAGAAGAGGAAGUCCGAGUAUAAAGUUAAAAUGCAGACCACCGUUCCUCCUCGCGGUCUCAAACCUUUUCGACGCAGCGUCACUGCUCCUCAUGUCGGACAUUCGACCAACGACUACAGGAACAAAUUGAUGUCCGAGUUCCCAGUGGAGGGUGGCGAAAAUGGGGACAUGCAUACCGUCAUUGAGAACCUGCAGAAAAAGCGAGAUCUCAUCUCGGGAAGAACGGGACAUCAUACCCACGUCUCGACUCACUCUCAUCAUCCGCAAGUCACGACAUCCUCACAGAUGCUCACGAACCAGAGUCAGACGAGCACGUCGAGCAGAGUUGCUCAGCAGACCUCGCAGAGGAUCCUCACUUCCUCCUCGUCGAGGGAGAUGUCGAAUGCCAGCAACGUCAAAGUUAAGGACGGACUGAACGAGCUCAAACGCGGCAUCACAGAGAUGAAAAACAUGUCAUCGAACUUCUCUCAACGACUUCGAAGCAGCAUGGAAAACCUCGUGGACAGAGACGGCAGUGGCACCGAUGAAAACCUCUCUGAGCCUCUGGUCACGUUUCCGGAUCCGGACACGCCGCCUCCAGUCACAGGCACGGUCACUUUGACAGGUGGCUCGCCCUCCCAGCAGCUAAACUCUCUCAACUCGUUGGGUAAUCUUCACAACAUGAACCAGCCCAUGGGCAUGUCCAACAUGCCCACCAUGACCAGCAUGUCCAUCAUUCCAGCCGGUCCGGAGACCAUGAAAUUCGAGCAGAAGAAGAUGACCAGCGCCUCAAAAACGAAGGUCGUGACCGACGGUUUCAGCGCGGAAAAAGCUACAGAAAAUAGCGCUGAGAUGAGGGCACUUCAAGCUGGUGACGUUUCUUACAAGGAGCAAAGCGCAGCUACAGUCGCCAGGGCGAGAGUCGAGCUUGAUGGCGUCUCGGCGGAGAAAAGCGUCGCCUCGGCGAGGGAACAACGAAGUCUUAAGGCUGGUGAUCUAUCGCAUCAAGAAAGCAACAACAUGUCCGCAUCGACGAUGAAAGUACAGAGCGAUUCGUAUAGUUCGGAAAAGAAAGCAAUGGCAGCUCAGCAGCAGAGACAGACGGUGACGUCGACGGGUAUAUAUAAUCACGAGAAGCACAUGGCGGCUAGUUCGCAAUCGAGCGUAACGAUAGCGUCGAAGGGGGUCAGCUCAAAGGCGUCGAUCACAUCGGCCACGUCGGCGGUUAACCAGCUGAUGAACAACGGCAUGAGGCCCGCCGAAGACGAGCUCCUUUCCUUGCCACUGGACGACCUUGACGUGCUCUCAUCAAAUUCGAAUCUUCAGGACGUUGAGCGGGCUAAAGCGAAGUACUCUGGCUUUUUGGACACUCUGGUACAGCGGCUGAAGGCCAGCGAUGGAAAGAACGCAAACGCGCCGCUGCUACUGAACAGAGUUAGCGAGAUCAUCCGGAAGGCAUGGGCAGUUCCUACCCACGGUCACGACCUCGGCUACACGCUGUGCAACACCCUGAGGAAUCGGGGGGGUCUCGACAUGCUCAUGUCAAAUUGCAUAGCCCAAGAUAUCGAGCUUCAGUUCUCGUCCGCGAGGCUGUUGGAACAAUGUUUAACGAACGAGAACAGAGCUCACGUCGUUGAGAAUGGACUCGAGAAGGUCGUCAACGUAGCAUGCGUAUGCACCAAGAACGCGAACUCGGUUAACCACUCCAGGGUAGGCACCGGGAUACUGGAACACCUCUUCAAGCACAGCGAGGGAACCUGCAGCGACGUAAUCAGGCUCGGCGGCCUCGACGCCGUGCUCUUCGAGUGCCGAAAGAACGACGUCGAGACACUCAGACACUGUGCCGGGGCCUUGGCGAACCUCUCGCUUUACGGCGGCGCCGAGAACCAGGAGGCCAUGAUCAAGAGGAAGGUACCGAUGUGGCUGUUCCCACUGGCCUUUCACACCGACGAUAACAUCAAGUACUACGCCUGUCUGGCCAUCGCGGUUCUCGUUGCGAACAAGGAGAUCGAGGCUGCGGUACUCAAGUCCGGAACCCUGGACCUCGUCGAGCCCUUCGUAACGUCGCACAAUCCCUACGAAUUUGCAAAGUCGAAUCUCGCCCACGCUCACGGGCAGAGCAAGAACUGGCUCGAACGACUCGUCCCGGUUCUGAGCUCGAAACGAGAGGAGGCCAGGAAUCUUGCUGCCUUCCAUUUCUGCAUGGAGGCUGGGAUCAAGAAGCAGCAGGGUAACACCGAGAUAUUCCGCGAGAUCGGGGCCAUCGAACCUCUCAAGAAAGUCGCCAGCUGCCCUAACGCCGUUGCGUCGAAAUACGCCGUUCAGGCUCUGAGGCUCAUCGGUGAGGAGAUUCCCCAUAAGCUCAGCCAGCAGGUUCCCCUUUGGUCCACCGAAGACGUCAGGGAGUGGGUGAAACAGAUCGGAUUUGCCGAGUAUGCCCUGAACUUCGUCGAGAGCAGGGUCGACGGCGAUCUCCUCCUACAGCUUACGGAGUCGAAUCUGAUCGAGGACAUCGGAUUGACGAACGGCAUCAGGCGGAGGAGGUUCACCAGGGAGCUUCAAAAUUUGAAAAAAAUGGCCGACUACAGCAGCAGGGACACCGGGAACUUGAACAGUUUCCUUGAAUCCAUUGGACCAGAGUUUUCGAUUUAUACAUACGCGAUGCUUAAUGCCGGCGUCGACAAGGACUCGAUCGGUAAUUUGUCCGAGGAUCAGCUUCAGAUCGAGUGCGGUAUCGCUAACAGCAUUCACAGGCUCAUGAUACUCGAAGCGAUCAAAAACAAGCCACAUAAUCUUGGAAUAUUCAAUUCGUCCGGUGACGAGUCGCCAGACAAAUCUCUCGAUGUUUUUGUCAGCUAUAGAAGAUCCAACGGGUCGCAACUCGCCAGUCUACUCAAGGUCCAUCUGCAACUCAGGGGAUUCUCCGUAUUUAUCGAUGUCGAGAGAUUGGAGGCUGGGAAAUUUGACAAUAACCUUCUUCAAAGUAUCAGACAGGCGAAACACUUCCUACUUGUUCUCACACCCAACGCUUUGGAGCGAUGUAUACAGGAUACCGAAUGCAAAGACUGGGUACACAGGGAAAUCGUUGCAGCCCUAGGAUCACAUUGCAACAUCAUUCCCAUAAUAGAUAAUUUCCAAUGGCCAGAGCCAGAAGACCUUCCGGAAGAUAUGAGGGCAGUAUGUCACUUCAAUGGUGUCCGUUGGAUACACGAUUACCAAGAUGCUUGCGUAGACAAGCUAGAAAGGUUUAUGCGCGGUGAAAUUCCUAUGAGGUCGGACCUCUCUAGUGGCAUACCAAGAAGUUUGGCAUCCAAAGAUGUUACUCAGCCAAGCACACCGGCUAGCACAAAUAUACGACAACCCACUUAUCAGCGAAUGCACAGCAAUGAAAGUCGCGGAAGCGACAAAGACUCGAUAAAUGGUAGAGAUUGACUAGAUGGCCCCCCCACAGCUAUACCCAACAGGCUUCGGAAAUCGUCAAGUCCAUCUCGCUGGCUGAUGGGUCUUCCACCGACAUCUCCACGUCUAAAAUUUGUUCAUACACGUCCGGGAGGAAGUUCGAUACCUCGUCGACCCCCGAGACAUCCUCCCCCUCCAUCGACAAGAUCUCGAUCACUGGAACUGCUUGAUCAAGAGGAAAAGCAGAGAAUUCUCCCUGUCCCAGCAGCCCCAGAACCAGUUCCAAGACCAAGAUCAAGGAGUCUGGAUGGUCUGCUAGAUGAGGAUGGUUUGGGAUCAGUGUUGAAGGGUGAAGAAUCCUUUACCGAGGCUGCAAGAAUGGAAGAAAACCAGGAAAAGUGUAGGCCCAGAUCAAGAAGUUUGGACGGAUUUUCAGAUACAGCUGAAUCGGUAGAAACCGUUGACAGAAUUUCCCAAAAUAGCGCCGAAUCUUCUUUGGACGGUGAAGAAAACAGAGUUGUAGAAUCUGUAGUUGUUAGCAACAAUAAAAAAAUAGAUUCUGACAUCUGUGGAGAAGCAAUGAUUGGCUGUGUAUCUGGACCUUCGAUACAUAAUAAUCCCAUGCCUGUGCCGAGAUUGAGGGUGAAACCGCAAGCUGAGGAAUCGCUGUUGCAGGACAAUUUGUCUCCGGAUGAAGCCAGCGAUGAAAAAAGCUCCCUGUUGAAAACUCAAAUACCAACAAUCAGAUCCAGGAGCAUGGAUGACCUGUUAGAAUCGACGACAGCUGAACCUGCAUCUGAGACAAAGGAAACGCUUGCCGAACCUGUAAGCUCAGAGUCGUCGACAGGUAAAGAAAGACUGUUGAUGAGCGGUACUGAAAAAUCUAACUUGUCAAAGGCGAAGAGCUGUGGUGCGGGGUUGGACUCUGCUGAAAGUUUUUCAUCAAACGAUUACAAACCCCCGAACAAAGUCCAAGGCUCACUAUCCUCACUGCCUACCGGUGUUGAGCCUAAAAGGAAACGUAACUUUAUGGACAAAUGUGUCAAUAAGGUACGGUCCUUUAUACGAAAGUAAGGAGAAUGCUUAUAAAUUCUUAUUUUAUAACGCGUUAAUACUGACUUGUUAUUUAAUUAUUACUAUUACUAUUAUGCUUAAUUAUAUUAAUAUCACUACUGUUAUUGCCGUUUAAACUACAUUUUGCGAUUUUGAACGUAAUUUAGUUAUGACAGUAAUUCGAGUUAGUAAUUCGAAUAGGAAAAGAAACAUAAAUGUAUAUUUAAUUCUCGAUACAUAGAAUGAAAAGUAUGAUUAGAAGUAUGUAAAUCACAGUGUGAUUUUGUUCCAGUAUAUUAUUAUAUUAUGACGAUGUGAUGAAUGGCAGUGUGAAAGGGAAUGAUAUGAUAUGGGUAUAUGUUAACAUGAUGAAUAUAGUGCCUGAGAUGAAAAUUGCGACAAAAAAAAAAAGCAGAAACAAAACAAGUGUCUUCUUAGAUACCUAAUGGCAACUAUUAAUUUGUUUUUUGCCGAAUAUUUAUGAUAAGACUUUCGGCACUAUUUUACCGUGAACUAGGAUAACAUAGAUAAUGGUAACCUGUUUUUCAGAUAUUGAUUUUUUUAUAUUUCCUCCAACUGAACCGUAUUAUAAUUACAUAUAUAAUGUUUUAGAUUUUAAUUAUCUGUUGUACAGUUCACAUUACUGUUCGUAAUACUUUUUAUUUCGCAGGCAGUUGAGUAGACUAUUAUUAUUGAUGUUAUUAUUUUAUUAUUAUCACUAUUAUUAUUAUUAUUAUUAUUAUUAUUAUUAUUAUUAUGGACUAUUCUAUAAACGACGGUUGUUUUUACUGCAGCUAACCCGAUUAUGAAAUAUAUUUUAAUUUAGAUUGUAUCAUUUACAUUAUUUUGGUAUGUAACAAAAUUAAUUUCAAUUGUUAUUAUUAUUAUUAUUAUUAUAUGCAAGUGUAUAAAUUACAUAUUAUUUCCUAAAGAAAACCAGAAUGGUAUGGUUAUAGGCAUUGUAUUUUGUAAUGCUUCGAAACGAUGUUAUUCAUUGGAUUAGAAACAUAUAUAGUGUAUAUUUUACCAAAGUUUCACAGAGUGAAAUAAGAAUUUUAAUAAAAAUAUUUCAAUGUUUCUCGUAAAGAAAUUUUUAUUCGCAAAAAUACAAUUAUUGUUCAACAUCUUUCGAAUGAAGUCUCCUUCAAUUUGAAUCACGUACAACGUUUACAUGUGAUUGAUACCUACUACAAUAUUAUUGUUUUGACAAAUUUGUACGACAGCGUGUGUGUUGCACAGCUUGAAGUACGAUUUAUUAUAAUAUAUAAUAACAUAAAAAUAAAUAUUCCUUAAGACCGUUGUAUAAUAUAUCUCAAAGUUUCGAGACUUUGGAAUCUUAAAGGAAUAAUCAUACGCUUUAAAAUGAACUUGAUGUUUAGUUCAAUUUCGUUUUCAGUUAUGUCUAUUCAU